AUGGGAGAUAGCUUUGAAGCGGUUUGUGCCGGCGAUUCCGAGGAAGAUGUGGCCGCCGUGAAGGCAAUGGUAGAAAAGAUAACAUCCGAAAUUAUGGCACACGGGGAAGAGGAGUACGAUUCGUACGAUCCGGAGAGCUUGCAGAAGGUGGAGUUCCACAUUCAAAUCAAUCGUGUCGGUAUGAUACUGGGAGAAAUGACUCAAACGCUUGAGGUUUUGUUUUGCCUGCCGAUAAUCUGCCAAAAUGAAGCCUUGUUGGAUGCCUGUUUCGAUGUGGAUGAUAAGAAUGUUAUAAAGUUUCUCAGUCAGUACAUCUCUUCGAACACCUCGGCCUCAGUGACUAAGGAUGAAAUCGAUGGGGAACAGUUAAAAAUUCCCUCAGGGCAAUUGAUCGAGCUGGCGUCACUUCUCGCGAAAAAGGAACUUCACACAGCAACGGUUGGACACGUGAAGCAGCUACCAGGUGUUUAUCGACGCUUUCUUUCCAACAUCCGAGAAUUUCGAAAGUUUACGAUUAACAAGAUGAAACUUACGGCACAGAAGGAUCUAGCGAAGGAGAAGAUCCUGCACCGCUUGUGGACCCGCAACGAGCGUAAUAAGAAGGAGAUCCGCAAGAUCGAGGACAUCCUUGUAAUGAAAAAGGAAAAGUUGGAAGAAUCUGUGCAGGAAAAGUACGCCGUAAUCGAGCGUUAUCGGAAAGAAUUGGAAGAAUUGGGCGAGAGUAGCCGCGAUAACAUUAUAAAAUUCAUGGAUGACUCCGAUCGUCAGAUGUUCCAUUACUUCGAGAGGAGUGAUCAGCGUUAUGAGAACUUGCUCGAAGAAGCGGCUGGUACGUUGAAGAGCUACCAGCAACAGCUGCAGGAAGACUUGACGGUGGAGAAAACCAAUCGUUUGAAAAAGCUGAAGCUCACCAACCAGCUGCAAGCGUGGCUGCACAAGUACGAUAAGGAUGCCGGCGAGCGGACGCACGAGCUGAAGGAGCUGGUAGCCAAGCUGAACACACGCCAGCAGGAGUACAAUCGUUGGAAGCACAACAUUUUCGAUCCACAGGAGAAAAAAUACUUUGAUGCGAUGGAAGAAAAACGGCAGAUCGAGAUUCGCGAGCAGGAAGAACGGAUCGAAGCAUUCAUGAUGAACCGGGCGGCCAAGGUACUGCAACGUGCGUGGCGUUCUGUUGCUGAGCGAAAACGCAAGAUGCGCGGCAAAGGGCGUGGGCGGAAGGGAAAAGGAAAGCGAAAGUAA